AUGAAGCCUCAUCUAUCACUGAAGUAUUUCGUCCGCUCUAUAGAAGGAGAUGGCCAGGGAAAGGAGGUGGAGAUCCCCAAGGAAAUGGUGCUCGCCAUGCGGCGGAACUUGUGCAGUGCCGUGGACUGCAAGAACAACAAUGUCAUUGUCGCUAAUGACGAGAUCAUGUGCUUCCUGAUCGUGACGGUGAGCUCGCGCUCCAAGUACCAAGCGUUCACGAUUUCCACGAGCAAGACGGACUGUGGGCUGAUUUACAACUUCAUUGGACCGGUCAUCUACGUCCGUGCUCUCCUGGCUUAA